AUGGCCACAGACCCAGUAAGAGUUCUGGUCACUGGCGCUGCUGGGCAAAUUGGUUAUGCUCUUGUUCCAAUGAUUGCAAGAGGGGUGAUGCUGGGUCCAAAUCAGCCUGUAAUUCUGCAUAUGCUUGAUAUUGAACCAGCAGCAGAGGCCUUACAGGGGGUGAAGAUGGAACUGAUUGAUGCUGCUUUUCCACUUCUUAGAGGUGUUGUUGCUACUACGGAUGUUGUUGAAGCUUGCAAGGAUGUCAACAUUGCUGUUAUGGUGGGUGGAUUCCCACGGAAGGAAGGAAUGGAAAGAAAAGAUGUGAUGUCUAAAAAUGUUUCAAUUUACAAGGCUCAAGCUUCAGCCCUGGAGAAGCAUGCUGCUGCAGAUUGUAAAGUGCUAGUGGUUGCCAAUCCAGCAAACACAAAUGCUCUCAUUUUGAAAGAAUUUGCUCCUUCAAUCCCAGAAAAGAACAUCACAUGUCUUACACGACUUGAUCACAAUAGAGCAUUAGGCCAAAUCUCUGAGAAGCUAAAUGUUCAUGUUAGUGAUGUAAAAAAUGUCAUCAUCUGGGGCAAUCACUCCUCAACCCAAUAUCCAGAUGUUAACCAUGCAACCGUCACCACCAGCAAUGGUCAGAAGCCUGUCAGAGAAUUAGUUGAUGAUGAUAACUGGCUAAACACUGAGUUCAUCACCACUGUUCAGCAGCGUGGGGCUGCCAUUAUUAAAGCCAGGAAGCUGUCUAGUGCAUUAUCAGCAGCAAGUGCUGCUUGUGAUCACAUACGUGAUUGGGUUCUAGGCAGUCCUAAGGGAACAUGGGUAUCAAUGGGAGUGUAUUCUGAUGGAUCUUAUGGUAUCCAACCUGGCCUCAUUUACUCUUUUCCUGUCACAUGUGAAAAAGGAGACUGGAAUAUUGUACAGGGGCUCAAGAUCAAUGAAUUCUCAAGGGAAAAGAUGGAUAAAACGGCCCAAGAGCUCAUUGAGGAGAAAACAUUGGCUAAGUCGUGCCUCAAUUGA